AUGAGGUUUGUCCAAUAUAUUCCGACUGGAAUUCCAAACGAAGAUAGUGAGUUCCCGGGAAGGAACUAUACAGUUGGAAAAGUCAUACAACAACUGUAUGAUAUUAGGAAAGCUUCAAACCCCAAACUUGCAAUGACACUCAAAUUGCUUAUGAAUUCGACAUGGGGAUAUUCCAUUAAGAAACCUCAAGAGAUGAAGAGUAAACAUUAUGAGAAGGUCGACAACUUUGUUGAAAGGUUUUCUCCUUUUGUUUUGAAGUACGAAUUCACUCAAGGUCAAAGUGGCUUAGUAACCACAUUAAAACCUAUUGUCGAACAUUGGUCUUACCCUCAGUUCGCAAAGGCAGUCCUUGACAACUACAACAAAUUCUUCUCCGAAGUCAAAUCCAAAGUGAAGGUUUACUAUGAGAACAUUGACGCACUCAUGACGAACGAAGAAGGGUACAACAAACUCAUUGAAAUGGGCAUGGUCGGUGAAAAGAUGGGCUGUUUUAAGCUAGAUAAGGUAUUUUCCGAAGUUCAUGUCCUCUCCAAGCGUAAGUACUGGGGCAUACUUGAAGACGGCACAGAAAUAAAACAUUGCAUGAAAUAA